CGUGCGGUGUCGGGGAGGAGCGCGGCAGCGCUCGUAGGAGCACCCAGAGCUCGGCUGCCGGGAUGCGGCCGCAGAGGGGAGGGGAGCGGGAGCGGCGGCACCUUCCCCCCGGAGAAGAGCCAAGUUAAAUAGCCAGCGCCACGCCGCCGCCUUCCUCUACCCUCCUGGCUCCGAGCCUCCGGCGAGCCCCCACGUCCCAUCCCGCCCCGCCCGGGCGGCGGAGCCCAGCGCGGAGCCAGCCUGCCCCGCGGAGCCCCGCGGAGCCGGGACGUCGGCGCUGCCGGGAGGGGCGGGCGCUUGGGAGUCGGUGCCGGGGGCACCGCGUCCCGCCAAGCCGCCCGUGUGAGAGGACCACGCCAGCUGCAUGGGAGGAGAUGAGCGUGGCGGGGAAGCAGCCUCCUCCAGCACCGCUCGAGCGGCCCGGCAGCCUCCUCGUCCCCACCUGGACUAAAACUGGUAUUGCAUUGUUGUAUGAUGAAGUAUCUGAAAAUGCUUAUGACAUCCGACUGAAGCUUACAAAAGAGGUAUUAACAAUUCAAAAACAAGAUGUCGUCUGUGUUAGUGGAAGUGAUCACAGUGCAAAUCACAGAACUGUUACACUUCGUAGACAACCAGUUGGUGGCUUGGGCUUAAGCAUAAAGGGUGGUGCUGAGCACAAAGUGCCUGUCGUCAUAUCAAAAAUAUUUAAAGACCAAGCAGCUGAACAAACAGGAAUGUUAUUUAUAGGAGAUGCAAUAAUACAGGUUAAUGGUAUAAAUGUAGAAAGUGCUACCCAUGAAGAAGUGGUACACCUACUGCGAAAUGCUGGCGAUGAAGUUACCAUCACCGUUCAGUACCUCAGGGAAGCUCCAUCAUUUUUAAAGCUCCCAUUAGGUUCCCCUGGACCAUCCAGUGAUCAUAGCAGUGGAGCUUCAUCACCUCUCUUUGACAGUGGCUUACAUUUAAAUGGAAACUCAACUAACACGGCCCCAUCAUCACCUUCUUCACCCAUAGCUAAUGAACCAAAAUAUGAGAAGCGCUGGCUAGACACCUUAUCAGUUCCUUUGUCGAUGGCUCGAAUCUCGAGGUACAAAACUGGAACAGAUAAACUAAGAUCUAAUGCAUUUGAAGUGCUGGCACUCGAUGGAGUUGGUACUGGGAUACUUCAGUUUUAUACAGCCCAGGAGAGUGCUGACUGGCUGAGAGCAAUCUCAACUAACAUCAGUGAUUUGACACUUCAAAAUAUGAAAAUGGCAAAUAAAUGCUGUUCUCCCUCAGACCAGGUCAUACAUAUGGGAUGGGUAAAUGAGAGACUUGAAGGAACUGAUUCAUCUCAGCUCUACAAAUUCAAGUUUCUGGCACUGAAGGGUUCGUCCUUCUAUAUUUUCAGCACUCCACCGGUAAGCACACUAGACUGGGUACGAGCUGAAAAAAUCUAUAACCUCUGUGAGGUUCUAUUUAAAAUUCACAAGCUCUGGCUUGCUGAUGAUUGCUGGCUACAAGCAAACAUGUAUUUAGGUAUUCAUCAGGACUUUGAUCUUGAAGACCAGAGGCUGUAUUGUUUCAAUGUUAUGGCUGGACAUGGCAAGAGUCAUUAUUUCAAUGUAGAACUGGGCAGUGAAUUGGCAGUGUGGGAGAAAUCAUUUCAAAGAGCAAUUUUCUUGGAAGUUCAAAGAACCGGGUCUAAAACAUAUAUGUGUAGUUGGCAAGGGGAUACUCUGUGUUUCACAGUCGACUUUGCUCUAGGAUUUACCUGUUUUGACAGUAAAACAAAGAAUGUGCUGUGGAGGUUUAAAUUCUCUCAACUCAAAGGCUCUUCAGAUGAUGGAAAAACAAAAGUAAAGCUGCUUUUUCAGAAUCUAGACACCAAACAAAUUGAGACAAAGGAACUUGAAUUUCAGGAUCUGACGGCAGUUUUACACUGUAUUCACUCCUUUAUAGCAGCAAAGGUGGCAUCUGUGGAUCCAUUAUUCAUAGACAGUCAGAGUAUUGCAAGAAAAUAUAUGUACAGUAACUGAUACUAGAGUAUAUGUUGUGACUAUGGAAAAUAAAUUAUUUUCUUAAAAAAAGUAGUUAUUUCAUUCACAAUAUUGCAACUUUGUGAUUUUAUAAGAAGCUUUUAGCUGUGUUAUCUGUAAUGUUAAGAGUUUUCACAAUCUGAUAAAUAUUUUGAAUCCAUGAGUUAACAAAUACUAAGUCAAACUGAAUCAGUUUGUCAUCUUCUGCAUCAAUCUAAAAUUCUCAAUGAAUAUUCAUUCAGUAAUAGUUCUAGUGCCAUUUUGAUUUCUGCUCUCAUGGUCAUUCAUACUCCCCCUUAUUUGAUAGAAAUGUGGAGUAAUACUUGAAAAGUGUGUGUCCAAAAUUUGGACUCUAAGUCUCUUUUGAAAAGUGCUGCGCACACAGGCAAUUUCUACAGUCUUCACUGUAGUAAAGAAGUAAUUAUUGAAGACAACUGCAGUAGGAAUUGAACUUUUAUCUUGCUUCUAUAUGUUUGAAAAAUUAUAGUUCCACAGUUGGGUUCUUUCAAGGCCUGAGAGUUUAGCUCUGGCAAAACACUAAAUACUCUAUUUCAGAUCUAGGAAAAUAUUUAAGCACAUGCUUGGCUCUAAGCACAUUAAGUAGCCUCCGUGUAUGCACAAGGUAAUGUUAAGUGUGUAUUUAAGUAUCAUGGUAGAUCAACUGUGAAGAGAUUUAGACUCAGCUAAGAAGCCUGCCUAUAGGCACUCAGUUUUAGAAAACUUGCCAUAGGGUUUCCUUAUCUAUGAAUAAAGUUUCCAUGACCCAUUCAUUUAUUCGUUCACAGAUUGCCUUGAUGCUACCCUUUGAUGUGAUGCUCUGUAUGCUUGAGAACAGCUUCUUUAAUAAACUGUUUUGUUUGGAGGAUGAUGCUUCCAGUAUAGGAUGAACAUAACAAAAUGUAAAGAUGUUUCUGGGCCACCCACCUUUUCUUUCCUACAGCUCUAACCUUGACUUAUAUGUAAGCAAAAUGGAUUUUCUCCUUGCUAAGGAAAUAAUAUGGUUUUACUUUCAACAUAUUCCUAACCUUCCUUCUGAAAUCAUCUUCUUAUAUGCACAGAUAAUUCUUCCUGCUAUCGAAAAAUUAUAUGAAAGGAACACAUUUUAAUCUUAGGGCAUAUUCUCUGUAAAUAAUACCAAAUAUUGCAGGUUUCUGUGAUAGAAGUCUCAGUUGUUCUCACAUGCAGAUUUGAAACAGCAUCAGGCAAUUACACUUUUUUUCAAAAAAUAAAACAAACAAGUAGAAUAUCCUAGCUAGAUGCAAUGGAUAAGGAGUGAAUUCAUCAAAGUCCUCCCUAAAUUUUAGGCGUCUUGUAAAGCAUCCUGCUAAAGUAAAAGCCUAAAGUAUCCUAAGGAAAAGAAGUAUGUGCCUUUAAAAGCUCCCAGGUGAGGAGUGUUAUUACAUAAAUUCAGUGCUUAAGUUUAGUCACUUAAAUUCUUCCCUUGAGGUCUUAAGCUGUCUGGGCAGACUGCAGUAGGGCCUUAGGCACGUAGUUCAAAUGGGUGCUUAUCUGUCCACCUAAAGCUUAGGCACAAAUAAAGUGCCUAAUGCAGGUGAUUUGAUCGUACCAGGAAGAUUACUCGUUUCUAAGUGUUAUCCAUAGAGAAAUUAAUUUGAACAGUAGGCACUGUGUUGUUUAGGGUUCUGAUGUUGUUUGCAAGGAGGCAUAGUGGGAGUUCUAACUCCUGUUUAAACAAUAUUUAACAGAGGUGAUAAAUAUUAUUUUUCAAUUUAAAAUAAAUAUUUAUAGUCAUUGUGGUAUUUUAAUAGAUAAUCUCGUUCAUAUAUUAAAUUAAAUUUAAAAGAAUUCUUUCUCAUACACACAUUUAUUCAAAAUAUUCCAUUUUAUUCUCAGCUUUCUAUUUUAUUUUCUGCUUGCCGUAUUUACUGAGAUUUUAACAUUCACAAAUUAAAGCAUUAACAUUAGAAUGUAUUUCUUAAAUCAAUUCUCAGUUAUUAGCAUGAACAAUUAUAAAUGUCAGAGUGUAAGGUAAAGAAUUAUGGAAUUUCUUCAAUUUUGUUUUUCUGAUAUUUUGUCGUAGACAAAGUUCAACACUAAUAUGGUAAUUACAGUAGAAAACUGUACCAACUAGUACAGAACUGAUGCUACAGUCAGACCUCUAGGCUUAAUGUUUUAAGAAUCAUGUAAUUAUAAACAUAUCUUCCAAAAUACAAUAAAAACUUAAAAGAAAUUAAUAUUAGUUUAUCACAUAGUCUGUCAGUAAUUUAGUUAUUUGUUUCAUGGAAUUUCUAAAUUCUUUUAGGCUUUUAAUGAGCUAUGUUUGCUACUGUUUUUGCAAGAUAGUAGUUUUCUUCUUUAUGUCCAAAUCAAUCUCAAGGAAUACUAGAGAAAAAUUCUUAUAAAUUCAUCCUCUGAAUUUUAGCAUUGUAUUUUAGAAAUAAUCCUCCAAACAUAUUUUUAAUGAGGAUUCUGUGUAUCUUUAUUUGCUCACUUGCUUUUUCUUUCUUUUCACAUUGUGCAACAACCUCAAGGCAGGGACUAAAGGCCAGUCUUCUGAGCAAGCUGCCAGAGCCUGGGAAGAGCUCAUGGAUAGCUAGUUACUCAGCUGUUAUAUAGGUUGUGUAGGACUUGCAUAGCACCUUGCAUUUCUUUGUCAAAUGCCUCAUAUGUGAAAAUGUUGUGCUUCCAAUUUGUUUGGUUGCUUAUAUUAAUUUAUCAAAAUUUUUUUUUGUCAGUAAAGUGCAUUAUUUUGUCAUUGCUUUCAGUGUGUGCAUCAUGUAACAUGCAUAUAUUUUUUCUGUCAAAGUUUUGAGUAUUUGUGCCACUUUUCAGCUCACUAAAGACCUCAAAGUAGCAAAAUAAUAAGAUUCACAAAUGAUAAAUAGAUCUGCUACUGUGUAGGUACCUUCCACAGUCACCUCUCAGGAAUCACACUGUGGGGCAGAGAACAGUUGCUUUAUGGUGACUGGGCAGCUGGAAUGUCAAAUAUUUGAUUGCUAAUCAGAUCACUAAAGAAAUUUUAAUAUGCUCUGUUGUAUACUGGUUAUAUACUAAGCUUUAGUCUUACUACCUCAUUAUGCAUUUGUGUAUAGUUUUCCUUUAUUUUUUCUAGGAGGACAAAGGGAUACCAGAAUUGAAUAAGGGGUAGGAGGAGAGAGGCAUUUGCUACAGCAGCACCUUAAACAGCAGGCUACGGAAAGAAGCAUACAAACAUAGAGUUAUAAAAUUGGGCACCAUCACAAAUCAAGAUAGUCACUUGUGAUUAGAAAUGAGUAAAAAGAGGGUAAUCUCUGUAAAUUGAAAUUAUGUGUUUAUUUAAACUCAGAACUUGGUUAAAUGGCUAAAAAUAAUCCAUCUACAAACAUGAUUUUGAGCAAAUGGGUAGUACUGUUGAUUUAUAUCAGAGGAAGGCUCAUCAGUGUCUUAUAAAUUAUGGAGCAGUACAGCAUGGACUUAGGCGCUGGACUUGAAUCAUACUGAUGAUUUGUUAAAAUAAUUUCUUGCAUUUUUUGCUCUACAGUGAUUAAAAUCUGCAGAAAAAAAUCCUGUACACAAUCAAGCUAAAGUCAGCUCAGCUCUGUUCUCAGUGCAUGGCUUGGUUGUGCUGCCCUGUUGAAAGCAGCAGAGCAUCUAACAGGGGGGUUGUGGCCAAGCUCUGCCCAAUGGCCUCAGGGAUAGAAAACAGGCCCUGACAAUUUUAUUUAUAAAUUUAGAUGUUGCCAGAGAGUCUCACUGACUUAAUCUGACCUAUAUUAUUUUUUUUUUGCCUGUAAUCAUAAAGCACAGAAUUAUAAUAUUGAGGCUGUGGCGAUCCAAAGCUCAAGUUGUAGAAAUCUAACUGAAUUCUUCUAAGCUUAGGAUCUUAGGAUCUUAGGAAAAGUAUUUCAAAGUGAUUCCCACCCUUGAGCCAGUAGGCCUGAAGCUUAAAUAAUAAUUUUCUGGGGGAGGAGGGCUAAGCUCUGACACACUUUGCAACCAUAAAUCUAAAAUCCUGUCUUAUAUCUGAACUACAUUAAUUCAUAACUUCAGACAAGGCAUGACUUUUCCACAAAACCUUUAAUGUGUAGUCUGAUCUUUGUAGUGAUGUAAGCAGUAUUUAAAAAUGCCUGAAUUUCUUUUUAAGUACAGCUCCAUAAAUACUUCUACCAAAAUACCGUCAGUGUUUUAUAACACUUCCCCCCUACCUGAGUAUCUCUAUCACAGUGUUCAAAGUGAACUGUGUAUAAUGGCAAUGCAAUUUUUCUGCUUUUUGUUUACUGCUGUGGUUGAUUUUUCAUUUAAUAUAGUUUUCCUGUGUUCUCCAGUAAGUUUUUGAGGGCAGAGAGGGUAAAUGUUAGGAAGGAAGUACUUUCCCCCAUGCUCUCGUGAGUGGCAAAGCGGUGAUGUCUGUCCUUCUUUCCAGUGCAUGGGAAAUGGGACAAAGCAGUACAAAAACAGAAGCAGGGGAGGGAUGGACAGAUGGACAGACUGUGCAAUCUGAAAAACCUUCUUUACUUAGGUAUGCAAGCUAAAAGUACCUAUCACUCUUGCAAAUCCAUCUUUCAGUGUAGUUCUCUUACUUUGAAUUGCUAUUCAUUGAGUUAUAGAUGAAAAGACUGUAAAGAAAAAAUGUAAGAUAUAUCACGUAUUUUGUUGCUUAACCUAUGCUUCAAAAAUGUUUGGGUACUUUUGUGUUGAAACACGUCGAGAAGCAACUAUCUUAUGUGAACUAAAAGACCUUGUAGUAAAUUUGUUAAGAAGUACAAAAGGGAUUUGUGUGGCAUGCAAGAUGAAAUUGAAGAUGUAUUUUAAUCUAGUUCAACCAGAAAAAUUGUCAAGUAAUAGAUUUUCAUAGUUAUCUAAUUUCAUGGACAUGAGCCAAAAUCCACUGCUGUUUUAAGUCCCAAUGACUUUUACAGGACUUAACCUGAAAAAAUAUGUACUAUUUUAAAUAAUACACAGAGGAAUAAAAAUGCUUUUCUUUUCUAAUAGUCCCUCAGUGCACAGCUGCCUACAUUGUCAGUUAAAGGUUCAUUCCUACUGAAAAAACUGCUGACUUUUCAGUAAGGAAUCAAACUCAGAACUGUUUGGGCUGAAGGCUGUAAUCUUUUAUUUGGAAUGGCUGCCAUUAUACCCUGUACAAGUUGCAGUUAUGCAGGUAUUCCGACCUCUAGUUUAAAUCACAGACUCUUUUUUUCAGUGCAAAAAGAUGAUUUAUUGUGCAAGUCUACACAUCAGAGCUGUGAGUGGCAGAAGCAUCUCAGCUGCAUAGAUCUCUACGACUGUGAGUCAACCAAGCAGAGAAAGGAAGUUAAAUGUAAGAAAAACUUUAUUUUUCUUUCCUAAUUACAAAUUAUUCUUGGAACAUUAUUUCUCUUCUAUUUCUAGGCUAAGUAGCUGUAAAGUUUUUAAAUGUUUCUAAAUUCUCAGCUAUGAUGGAAAUCUCAUAAUCAAUGCUUAUUAAUGAGUUAAGGUAGAAAUGAGUUGUCUGGCCUGUGUUAAUCAUCUAGUCUCCACUCUGUAUUGGUGAAAAGAGAUCAGCAGUUUCAGGGAGUGUUUUAUUCCUACAAUAGAUGCCUAAAACUAGUGGAUUGAAUCACAUUCUGAGAAGGCAUCUUUCUCCAUUGACAAGCCUAAAUUUUCCUAUACUACCACAUAGGUUUUUUUGACAGCUCAAUUUUCUAUAGAUAGCAUUAAUGUCAGAUUUACACACCAAUACAAUAAAAAGUAGCAAUCACGACCAGUGUUACAGGAUUAUGAGAAUAAAAUAAAACAAUCCUGAAGUGAAUGGAGUUUAAAUCAGAAGUUUGUCAUCUCCUUUAACAGGCAGAGGGGAGGAAAGAAAAAGCCUUAGCCUGUUUUUCCCAGCUAGCAGUUACUACCUAGUGCUUAGUAGAAAAUAUUUAUCAAAUGAGGCAGUAGAAAUUGUACUAAUUCAUGGAUGAGUUCUAUGUCCCAGGGGAUGCACUGACUCUUGGAACAUUGAGCUACUCUUAAAAAAAAAUAUUAGAGACAUUCUACUGUGUCUUUAAGCACUUCGUUCAAUUAACAUUCAGAACUGAGCUAAAUUACUGCCCUACAACAUCCAUAAGUAGAGUACAUAAUUAGCUCACUGUUUUCUUUUUCCACGGAUGACAGAAAAGUAUUCCCUGGCUGCGUGAAUAUGAAUAUUUAAUUGGUUUUAGAGAUAAAACUUUCCCUGUGCUUUAAAGUAGAAAUCUCUUACAGAACCAGUGUGUUUAGUCAGAUUGUUUUAUUGUUGGAUAAAGCUGGAGAAAAACCCCGUUUUUUAAAUGUUUCACACUAAGACUUGGAGAAGUGGUAUGAUUUGCAUUUGUACUCUAACUAUAUGUAAUACUAUGAAGAAUUUUUGGAGUAAAGGUAGCAGUUUUGCCUGCCACUCAGAGCACAGUGGCUUCCACAAAAGCUCCAGCACUUACUAGCACAUAUCGCAUCAUAUUGGUACUUUCACAGAACUCAAAUGGGGAAAUAUAUGCAAUCAAAGAGAAGUAGGGAACAGUAACCAUCCAAACACAACUGCAAGGUUGAAUGUCAAAUACAUUUCUGGGCUUCAGUUCUUUGUACCAGUCAAUUAUGUUUUUAUCAGCAUUUUUAGUAUUAUUAGAGAUUUAUUUCUCCCCAUCACCAGGAUAUUCAUAGCAGGAUGAAAGAAAAAGUAAUUAGAAUCAUAACCAAACUUAUAUUUAUUUUGCCCUUUGCCUUCUUUUGGAUCAAGGCACUGAGGAGUUUCAGUUAACUCGCUCCAUACAGUAGGUGAGAAUGCUGUUGUGACAUCACCAGAUUCUGAGUUCCCAGGCACUUACACAGAGUCCCAAGUCUUCCUUUUUUUCCCAGUCCUGCUAAUAAUCUCCUUUAGUUUGCUUGUUGAUUUCCUCUGCACUUUAUUUUUUUAGAGUUUUACUAAGAUAUCAAAAUACUCUUAACAUUCUUUUAUUUUGUUACAAUACUUGUCACCCUAAUUCUAUAAAGCCAAGAGCUUCUAAUGCCUUUUGUUGCCACAUUAACUAUUUCCACUGUGUCAGUAUUUUUUCAUUUUAUUUUAAUCGCUAAUAAGUUUCUCAUGUUUUAUAUCCUGUGGAGAAAGAUCUUCAAUUGCAAUCAGGAAAUUAAUUACCCCAAAAAACACAGUUUCUGAAUGCUCAUAUGAAAAGGUUGUAAACAAGGUUUCUCUGCUUUAAUCAAUAAGAUCUUGUACAAGAUUUUCCUCUUGGAAAACUUGCACCAUACUUCAGUCUUGUCUGGUAUGUCCUAGUAGACCCAACAGUGCAGUAUAUCUUUUGCCAUGCUAAUUAGUAUACAUCCCUCAACAAUAAAUGCCUUCUCAUUGGUAGUAAAUCCAUUUAUAUGCCAUGCUCACUUAUGAUGUUACUUUAUCUAUCUUAGAAACAUAGAGGUUUCUGGGUUUUUUUUCUUUAUCUAAAUAGCUUUACCAUUCAUCAAGUGGUUCUUUGCACCCAGAAUUGCUUAGCUCCCCUGUCAGCAGAGAAAAUGUUCUCCUAGUUGGACAACUAAUAUUUUGUUUCAUAACAAUACAGGCACAUAGGCAAGGUAUAGGUGUAAUUUUUUUAAAAAUUAUUUUCAAUAUACUUUUUAAUAAGCACAAUAUAUUCUCUACCAUCCACAGCUACACUACUUUCCCAACAGUUUGUAAGUGCCUGUAUGUUAACCUGUGUAUAACAGUGGAUCCCAUUUUUGUACAAUGCUUGCUAAUCGAUUGCUUCAAUUUUGUUGGUGCAUCUUAAUCUACAAUAUACACUACCCUUAGAUUUAUCAUACCACUUUCAUUUUUUCAAGGUCAUUUUUCUGAAAGAUUAUAUGUUGUGUUUGUCAUAGCUCUUUCAAAAAAAUCAAUCAAACUUCAUUCUUUUACAAUUAAAUUCUCAUCUCUUGGUCUGAAAAAAUUCAAUUGCCUGAAAAAUCUCUGUAGUUGUUCUCAAACAAUUUGAUUAAUUGAUGUUAUUUUUUUCCUCCCUUUUUUUCCUUUUUUUUUUGACUAAAAAUGAGAAGAAAGUUAAGAUCUAAAAUUUUUAGUUCUAUGCUCCAUCCUACUCUUCUUUUUCUCACAUUCCUUUUUAAUUUUAACAUUCAAAGUACACCAAGAAUUAUGUCUCUAUGGCAUGAAAAUGUGCCCUCCAAACUCAAAAGUUAAGAGUUGAAACUGUAUGAAAUAACUCCAAAGGUAUGUACCUAGGGCAGGUCAGUAUUCAUUAUUCAACACCAGAGUUUGGAAAUUGCCGGAACUGUGUGCAGAUCUACUUUAAUUAUUUGAACUCCUAAUCAAAUUGAAAAUGAGGAAAUGAGCAUUUCAUUAAACAUUGCAAAAACUAGGAACAUUUCUAUAGCAUAAGGAAGAGGGAAUAUCUUGGUAUCAAGAAUGUGAAGGGUUUUUGUAUUAAGAUGUGUUCCAAACCAUGUGGACAUAAGAACUACCAAUUUGUGUCAGGCUGUUUUGCAACACUUAGAAAAGUGAGGGACCAGUAUCAAAUACAUAGGAAGGAAUUUCUCAGAUUGAUUCAACUCUUCAAAAAAAUUUUUGUGUAGACAGCUCUCUUGUCUCCAUCAUAUCAGACUUCUAAAAGCUGAACUCUGGCACCUGACAAUACAACCCAGCACCAUUCACUGUGUGCUACUUGCAGUGUGUUUGCAGACUGCCUGUAGGAUUUUCUAUCAGAGAACUGCUUCCAGCUAAGGAACAGGCAGAUGAUGUAUUUUAAACACCUACAGAAAGGACAUGUAGCUAUUAACCAGGGUAAGGUAGAAUCAUAAAAUCAUAGAAUCAUCAAGGCUGGGAGAAGUCUUUAAGAUCAUCCAGUCCAACCAUCUACCCAGCACUACCACUGUAACCCUAAAACCACUAAACCACAUCACCCAGUGCCAGAUCCAGAUGCCUUUUUAACACCUCCAGAGAUGGUGACUCAGCCUCCUCUCUGGGCAACCUAUUCCAAUACCUGACAACUCUAAUAGUGAAAUUUUUUUUUCUAAUAUCUACUCUGAAUCCUUCCCAUCUCAGCUUAAAGCCUUUUUCUCUUGUCCUCUCACUGCAGACACACCUCACUUACAACCUCCUUUGAAGUAGUUGUAGAGAGCAAUGAGGUCCUCUCUGAGUCUCCUUACUCAAGACUAAACAAACCCAGCUCCCUCAGCCAUCCCUCAUAAGACAUGUUUCUAGAUCCUUCACCAGCCUCGUUGCCCUCCUCUGGACAUCCUUCAGCAUCUCAUUGUCCUUUUUAAAGUGAGGGGCCCAAAACUGAGCACAGUACUCAAGGUGUGGCCUCAUCAGUGCUGAGUACAGGGGGACAAUCACUUCCUUAGUCCUGCUGGCCACACUAUUCUUGAUAUAGGCCAAGAUGCCGUUGUCCUUCUUGGCCAUCUGGCCACACUGCUGGCUUAUAUUGAGCUGGCUGUCAACCAGCACUUCCAAGUCCCUUUCUGCUAAACAGCUCUCAAGACACUGCUCCCCAGCCUGUAGGGCUGCAUACAGUUGUUGUGACCCAAGUGCAGGACCCGCCACUUGGCCUGUUUGAAGCUCAUGCAGUUGUCCUCGGCCCAAUGAUUGAGUCUUCCAGGUUUCUCUGUAGAGACUUCCUGCCCUCCAGAAGAUCAACAUUCCCACCCAACUUAGUGGUGUCUGCAAAUUUACUGAGAGUUCACUCAACCCCCAUGUCCAGAUUAUCAACAAAGAUGUUAAACAGGACCAGCCCCAAAACUGAGCUCUGGAGAACACUGCUAGCAACCAGCUGCCAACUGGAUUUAGCUCCAUUCACCACAGCUCUCUGGGCUCAGCCAUCCAGGCAGUUUUUUCCUAUUGGAGAGUCCACCCAUCCAAGCUGUGUGCUGACAGUUUUUCUAGGAGGAUGCUGUUGCAGAUGAUGCCAAAUACUUUACUGAAGCCUAGAUAGACUAUAUCCACAUCCUUUCCCUCCUAUACUAGGUAGGUCACUUUGUCAUAGGAGAAGAGCAGGUUGGUCAAGCAAGACCUUCCUUAGGUAUGGAUAAAACUGUAAUUCCUCUGCGAACUCUAGUUAGUGAGAAUCUAGACAAUGGACUGUCAGUGACAGUCCAAGCUGUUAAAUGUCUUUAGAGGUUCCUUCACAGGCAGCUUGAGAAACGGAGUUCCAUGACCAGCUUCCCUCUUGCUGUGAACAGAUCCUGCCAUGGGAAAUAGAUCUAGCUGUUCUAGUGUUACGUGUGAUUAUUUAAAUUCCUCCAAAGGAACCUAAUAAUUAAAUUGCUAAGUGUACAACCAUCUACUAACUAUAGGCACUCACUUUGAGUUCCUAGACCUUCACAGUUGUUUACCGAUAGUUAAUAACUGCAGCCAGCUGGGAAUAUGUUGUGCUGGUUUAAAGGUAAACCAGCAGGGGGAAUGAACUCAACUCAAAAGAGAGACCACAAGUCAGAAUAACAAUUUAAUAAAACAACACAAGUAUGAUUAUACAGACAAACAACCGGCUUCAAUCCACAAAAACCCAAAUGUACAACCCAGCACCCUGGGGCAUGAACAAAGCGGUGUUCCCUGGGGCCCCCCUGAGUCCAAAGUAAAGGGAGAGUGGAAAAACCUGCUGGUGGGAGAGCUGUUGCAGUCUGGUCAAAAUGGUGAUUGCAGUCCAGUCGAGGGUGGUGGUCUCAGUCUGGUUGAGAGCAGUGAGCUGCAGUCCUCCUCUGGAUCCCACGAGUGGUAAAAAGGUUCCAAAACUCCAAGUUUAAAUAUUCUCCAGUUCAGGUAGGAAUGCUCAGUCCUUCCCUCAGAGCAGGGAAUUCCAUAAAAGGGUAUGAGGAUGCUCAGUCCUUCCCUCAGAGCGGGGAAUUCCAUAAAAGAGUAUGAGGACAGAAACAUCUACAGGCCUCUACUGCUAACAAUUUCUGGGAAAUGGCAUGGAAGGCUAUAGAAUACACAGUUUUGGGUUACACCCAUACCAUGAUGAACUGGUCUCAGCUGGCCUAACUAGGACAUAUGUGUAUAGAUGAUUGCUGUGCCUCAGUUGAUGAGUGGAAGUCAUCAUUAAGCUGUAAUAGCUUGAUUACCUAUGAUUGCUUAUCUGAGAAUCUAUCCUUUGACUUUUCAGGUCAAAUAGAUUAGCCUCACUAGAAGUGUGCUUCAGUGGUGGGUUUGAAAUGAAAUUAAAAGUAUAGGAGAUUUUCUGCAAAAUAUUCUUAGUCUGAUGAGAGCAUCAUAAUUGCAUUAUGAGUAGAAGAAAAUAAACACACUUGAUGAACUUGAAAAGUCUAUUAAAAAGUCUAUUAAAAGCCAUCUUUAUGUUUCUAAAUUCUAAUAAUUUCUAGUCAUAUCAAACUAAGCCAUUUAUUUUGUAUUCAUGGCAACAUAGCUAUGCAGGGUAGGAAAGGCAUCCUUUAAAUCAUAGUACAAUCACAUUUUCAAAUGUGAGAGGUCAUUCAGAGGAUCUGCCUGUUCAGCUGCAUCAUUGCUUAAUGUUUCUCCUUUUAAAUUCAUGCCUGAGUCUUUAGAGGCUUUAUCCAGAGCCACCUCCACUUACUCCUGGAAGCUCUGCGUCCUGCACAUUCCCUAUGCUGCUACAUCGGAAAGCAAAGUUCCACCAUUUCUUACAUGCAUUUUAUCUCAGAUUUUUGAGAGUGAGGAACAGUUUUAUAUUUAGACCCAGAAAAAAAGUGCUUUUCUUCCUUGAGUCAAAAUUGAAACAAAAUGGGACAAAUAUUCUUUUCCAACCAAAAUUAUUUCUGUCGUUCUAUGAAAAGCUGUCCUUAAGUGUAAAAAAGACCCAUUUUCAUUUAGCACAGUUUUUUAGUCUUUUCUACCUUCCCUUAAGCCUCCAUGGGUUAGUCAAAUGGCAUUACAAGCAGAUUAAAGGUCCUAGCAAGGGAAGUGUGGCCUCAGCCUGUCUUCUACACACACAGGGUGAAACGAAAGUGUGAUUCCCAACUAUUACAAGUAAAAGGAGGAUGAAUCUUGAUAGGGAAACAUCUAUUAAUUUGAAUUUUUUUCUUGUACUUUUUUUUGUUGUCUAUACUUAACUUUGGUUGUUGCCUUUUUUUCCUGGUUGAACUGAUUUGCCUCCACAAACAAAAGGUUUUCUGAUACCCUAACAUGAAUUAUAAGCUGAAUUUGGAAGAGUACUUACUGGGAUGAAUUGAAAAAGUAGAUUUCUGUGCAUCCCAGCACAGCUGUUGUACAUCUGGCAAUUCGUCCCAACCAACAAUCAAUCUGCCCAAGUCCAGACAGCAGAGACUUGAGUCUCCAGGAUCCAGCACUUGGGGAAUCCCCAACCUGUCAGUUUUCCUGCCACCACGCUUCAUUUCAGAAAAUAGGCCCUGGUUUAUAAAGAUGUUUCCAAGUUCUUCUAUUUUAAUAACAGCAGAGCUUAAGGGGUGAUCACUCUUUUCAUUAAAAAUUCCCAUUCUGCAGAUUAGGACAAAAACCAAUUCACUGUCAGCAAGUACUGAAAAUGAGAGGUAUCUGAAUCUCCUCUUUGUGUUCUCUGAUUGUCUUGGUUCCGUAUUACUCUGUGAUUUUAGCUGUGCUUCCUCAGCUUGUUAAUCACCAUGAUUAUCACAGCACCCACCACUUUUUUCCUCCACUUUGAAAAUGGUGCCUGCUCACGCUGAAGACUUAAGAGUUGGGUUAAUUCACUGCCUAGAACUUGUGCAGUUGUCUCUUGUUCACCUUGUACAGGCAACAGUGAGCUAAUUUAAAGUAUAUAAUAAGAGACAAAUCUACUCGAGUGACUUGUCAUUUAGUUUCAAACAUUUAAUAUUUGCAUAAUUUUUUUUUUGGUGAGAAAACAAUGGUUGCAGUACAAUAUCUGAUUACAGUCAGAAAGACAAAAGAUGUAAAAACCAUCUUGUAAAUGAGAUAAUUGCGUUCAGAAGGCACUUGUCUGGAACACAAAGCUCUGCAAAACCACAUAUAAGUACUUCUAACCACCUUUUAUACAUGGCCAACUUAUUGCUGUUGAAUCAUUUUCUUUAUGCCAUAGCUGUGUGCAGUGUUUGAAAUAAAGGACAGGACUGCAUAGUCUACUGUAUAAACAGAGCACUGAUACUUAGAAGUAAUUUUAAAUAUUAAUUCAGUGGUGGGAAAAAAUAUAUUUAAACUGUAAAAGUGCUCUCUCAAAUGAAAAACUUGGGACGUGAACAGAAAAAAAAAAACAACAACACAUGAAUGAGUUCCACUGGAACAGCACGGAACCAGAUGCUUGGGAAUACACUGAGUCCUGAGAAACUGUUAUGCAGUCUAGAGUAGGCAGUAUACACAGUUACAAAUUGGAAGAGUAGGAAAAGAGAAUUAUUCAACAAUUCCUUGCACAGCAUGAGCACAAAUACUGCUCAAUUGUUAUGGAACAGUGGUCCUAAGUAGUCCAAGUGAGGUCUUGGCUUUUAGGUUUUUUUUUUUCCUUUUUGUGCUAGUGAGUGAUUUUGCAAAUGCAAGUACUUUCUGCAUGUCUUUUUGAAGCAUAUAUGUGUAUAACUCACUGCCCUGUUCCCAAGAUUAUGAUUUUAGUCAUUCCUUUUGGGGAACAAUAUAAACAUUCAGAGAAGAAAUUCGAUUCUCCAAGAGGUCACUGCUGGUCACUGAAAAUUUUCUCAGCUCAUUCCUUUGUGUUUGCUGUUCCCACAGCAGGUGCCUGUUCACUAGACAUAUUUCUACCAUUAACUGCAUUUUUUCACCUAUACCAGCAUCCUUGGAUUGUUGUGUUUUUAUCAUAUCUUGUUUAGUGCCUCUGUUAAUCAAUUUAAUCAAAAUUUCUUAUUUCCAAACCACAUAUUUUGGAGUUCUUAAAUCUCUCAAAGACAGAUGGAGAUAGGAACUCCAUUUGGAGUUUGGAACUUUCACCUCGUUUGGAACUUUCUGAUAGCUUACUAUAUUGACAAUACAAAAUGUCAGUUAUUUCAAAAUUUUACAUUGCCAUAACACUAUGAGGUGUAUAUAAGUGAUUUAUUAUUUAUGCUUAUUGCAUUAUCUUUAUUCCAGCACAGGAGAAAAAAAUAAUUUAGUAUUUGUUAUAAGCCAUGAUUAUUUUUAAAAAGUUAAUAACAAUUUAUGAUGUUAGAUGCUCAGAUCUGUAUUUCCCUUUAUAUCCCCUGGAAAAUAAAUUAAAAAAAAAAAAAAAAAAGAAGAAGAAAAAAAAAGAAUUGUUAUGGAAUAAGAUGGGGGGGUAAUUUUAAUUCAAGUAUUUCAGCAUAUUCUGUAGUAUAUUAGUUAAGUACUAGUCCUGUUUCAAUAGAAGCAUGAUUAAUGGCUUAGGUUGGUAAAGAUAACAUUCCCUAAAUCACUUAUGAUUUGGAAUUAAAGUUCUCAGAAUGUUCUCAGGUUUCACUUAGCUGUAGAAAAAUGGAGGCAAAACAUUAUUAUUUGUGAAAGUGGUAAGUGAAAAGAAGGGAAAGCUACUUGACUUCUUAUUUGAGAAAACUAGUUGUUAUGUGUCCUUGAAAUUUCUAUUAAUAGCAUUCCCACUUUUAUAUGAAUAUUUCCAGGAAUUUCUACCUUGAAUACCACAGUCUGUCCAUUGUGGGUAACAAGCACCAUUAGUUACUGAGCCAUUCACUAAAUAUGUGAGAAUUUCCAUCCCAAAAUUAUCAGUUUGAAAUACCCAGCCAUUGCUUCUCCUCUCGUCCAUCAUGCAAUCUUGUUUGCAAAGUAAAAGGCAAUUGCCACUUCUUGGUGAAAACUUACAAGAAUAUAUUAUGGAGGUGAAGUGUGGUGAUUUUUAAUGAAAUUAGUGCUUUUCUCCAGUGUAAGUAUAUCACUGACAGUGAUGUCUAGAGCUGGUUCAUGUUGUGAUCAGUAACCCACAAUGUGGUAUAAGGCUGACUCCUGUGUUCUGUUGUUCAUUGAAAAAAAAAGUGUAGAAUUCAGAUAUUCUUUUUAGUGAAUUUUUAUUUUCACCCAAAGUAGAAAAAGAUACAUGGAUACUUUAUAGGAAAUCUUUUAAGCCACUUUCAGUCAUGCCUUUGAAAGUCAAUUGGCAUUGUCAGAAUUCCCUAAGAACUCAGGGCUCUAGGUUUAAAUCAUCACUGGUGACAUUAAUACUCAGGUUUUCACCUCUAAUUGCGAUUUGUUCUUAUUUAUACCCUGGAAAUCUUUAUUGAAAGGGAAAGAUUAUCUUCCAUAAUUCACAUAAGUUUUGAAAAAUCAAGAAUAUUGAAAUAUCUGGCACAGGAAAAAAAAUCAAAGUUAUCUACAGCAAGUAAUUAGCACAAGAUUUUCAGUUUUAAAACUUUAAACAACACAAACUCAGAAUUUCUUUUUUAAGAAGAAAAACAUUUGGAUUAGUAUACUCUAUUACAGCCAAUAACUAUAUCUUAUUAAAUGUUUCCUGGCAAUUCACUACCUCUGUUCUAAAAAUGCAUUAGUUCAGCAGUUCAUAAUACAGCCAAAUGUAAAUAGGUAUCAAAAUUCAAUACAGACACAUAGAGAAUGUCUGAAUGUUGUUCAUCUUGGUCAUGAGGCAAUUAGAUGUUUGUUGAGGUUCUUUGGGGUUUUUGCAAAUUGCAAGUUUCCUUCUGUUUUGGAGAAAGGUUGUACUGAGGGCCAAAAUAUCAUGCACCAAAAUGAGGCCAUGUAUAUGAUCAUCUUAGGAUAGGCAACUACUUACAGGUAAUACUGUAAUAAGCAAACAAAAUAAAAUGAACAACAUUUUUUCAUACUCAUAGUGUUGCACAUCUAAAUGGUAUUUACUAUAUAUUUUAUUAUACAUUUUAUGUAUUUCAGUUGGCAAAUUAAAACAGACAUCUGAAAUAGAGAGGGUUUUUUGUGUGUAGCUUUGCUUUUUUUUUUUAAUUGGAAAUGCCGCCUUGCAACGUGUGUGAUUGUAGAUUUGCAUAUUGUAAAAUUACUCUAAUUUUAUCUGCUGAGUUCAGAAAGUCAGAAAGGGAUUAAAUAAAUGGUAAAAAAUAAACUAGGGAGUAAUAUAAAGGCAGAGGGUAUGUAUUUUGCACUUUUAAAUAACCUUUUAUAACAAGAAUCUAUUAUCGUACAGUAUACUGUAGUUCCACUUUCUAGUGAUACUCUUGCUAUUGUCACAGUAGUGUCUUUAAAUCUGGAUAUGAAUAGUUUGUAUAUGUACACACUUCAAAAGUGAUUUCUAUAAUGGAAUAUGUGCUCUCUGUCACUGUUAUUAGCAUCCAACUCGAAAAAUAUUCACCAAUUAUUUUUUUUAUAAAUUAUGAAUGUACAGUGUAAAUUAACAAAUCAGAUAUUGUAGCAAUGAAGAAAUGCACUUUAAAAAUCUAAAAGUGUACAUCUAAAAAAGUGUUAUUUUGUAUAGAUGUUUUUGAAUAAAUGAUUUAUUGCUCA